AUGUCGGCAGGACUGGCAUCUGAUGAAGUCGCGGAAGAUUACAAGAACUCCCUCGAGGACCUAACAGGAAACGAUAAAUUCCAAAUUAGCAAUCUUACUGUGAUCGCUAAGGAGAACACUGAACAUGCGAUGGCCAUCUCCCGAGUAUUGGAGAAUCAUAUCCGAACGACUCCCCCAGCCCAGAAGCUCCCGGCUCUCUAUGUAGUUGAUUCAGUUGUGAAAAAUGUAGGAACGCCUUACACCCUAUUUUUGGGCCGCAACCUUUAUCAGACAUUCAUGAACGCAUAUACUCUUGUCGACUCUCAGACCCGGAAAAAACUGGAUGAAAUGUUGAAAACUUGGAAAGAGCCCGUUCCCGGCUCCCUGGACACUAGACCUGUGUUUCCUGUUGAGAUAACUCGCAGUAUUGAGAAUGCUCUGAUCAAAGCCAGAACAGCUGCCCUUCAAAACCAGCAGGCGAGAAGCCAGCAGGAUCUUCUCGGCCGGAACCGUGGAGUUGUUACGCCUCCGACUUCGACCACCUGGCAACAUACUCCAACUCCGCCGCAAGCUGCUUCACGAUAUGCGCAAUCAUCCAAUCAAAAUGCUCCCCCACAGCACCCAAGUAAUGGACAGCUCUAUGUAAGCGCUCAAUGCCUCCCGAUUGCGCUGGCUGUUCUUCUACUAAUGUCAACCCAGCAGUCCCAGCCAUACGGACACCCAGUCCAAGAACCUGUUGAUCUUGGCGCAUUACACCGUGAUAUAGAGAAUCUGAUAUCAAAUUCUCGAAUUGACUUCGCAAAUAAUCCCCUUGACCCUUCAAUUCAGCAACGGCUAAAAGCCCUUCUAGACCUCCAGAAUAUCCUGCAACAACAAAAGCUGCCUCAAGAUCAGUUGAGACUUAUUCGAGACCAGGUAUCUCAGCUCUCACCACCAUCCCAACCGCCUCCACGAGCUGUUCCAACUCCACCGGUGCAAUCGGUGCAACCAAUGCAACAAAGCCAGCCAUCACAGCCAAACCUUCAAGCCCUGCUGAAUCCGAACACGAUCGCAGAGCUCUUAAAAGUGAGAACAAACCAACAAAGUCUCACUCCACCGCCGCCACCGCAUAUCCCCUCAUUUCUUCAACAAGCAGCAACUAGCACACCACCUCCUCCACCUCCUUCUACAGCUCCUGCCCUAGCAGAAAAUCCAUUGAUCGCCUCUCUUAGAGCCCGAGGGUUACUUCCUCCCCCUGUGACAUCGACUCCUCCAACACCCACGAAUCUUCCCUUUAUUCUCCCUGGACAAGCGGGAUAUACAGCCCCGGUUGCCAUACCUCAACUAUCCUCCCUCUCCGAAGCCAAAAUCAAUGUCCAAAUGACCUCAGCGUCUAUCAAAAUACCAAGACCGAGUCUAAUUGCAACACUUUACGAAGACAAGCCAAACAGAUGUGGCACAUGUGGCCGACGCUUUCAAUCAGAUGAUCAAGGGAAGGAAAGAAAAGCACGCCAUCUGGACUGGCACUUCAAAACCAACCAACGUAUGACUGAAGCUGCCAAGCGCGGGCAAAGCCGAAGCUGGUAUUUGGAUGAACGGGAAUGGAUAAACUCACUAGAAUACGACGACGACAUCGGCCCGACUGGUGAAGGCACAACUUCCAUUAACGGAUCGGCAACCGACGCUGCCGCAGCGGCUGCAAAGAAGACGCCACAGACGCAAUGGAUCCACGUGCCAAAUGACGCAACGCUUCGAAGCGUGCCGUGCCCCAUCUGCCAGGAACAGUUCGAAUCGACGUGGUCUGAAGAAGCGCAGGAUUGGAUUUGGCAGGAUGCUACCAAGGUGGGCAGUCGGAUAUAUCAUGCUAGUUGCUAUUCGGAGCUCACGAAAGAUGGCACGGGGACGGGGCGCGGAACACCCGUGGGUAGAACUGGUAGUCGGACGCCUGACUCGGUCUUGGGGAAGAGGAAGGCGGAAGAACCAGAAAAUGCCACAGCUAGUGUUAGAAUAAAAACUGAACCUGCAUCCUGA